AUGUCGGAAUAUAGAUUUUUAACAUACAAAACGGACUCUAAUAACGCAAUCUCUCGACGACGACGUGCCCAGAGAAGAUCCAAAAUCCACGUUCGACAAACUGCUCCCAAACAGUAUUGGCAUCUUCUUACACCACGGUAUGAGAUGGGGUGCAAGCGCAUUGUGCUAGAUUCGGGAUACCUGAAAGUGCUUGGAGACGAGAAUGUGCAUCUUUCCAAUGAAAGGAUUUGCAGCAUCACUGAGAAUUCCGUCAUCACUGAAAAUGGUAGUGAGUAUCUUGCCGACGUAAUUGCCGAUGAAAGGUACUAG